CCUGCUUGCUUGACCUCGGGUAUAUAAAGGACAUCCUCAGCCUGCAAGCACAGAUUGCUUCCUCGAUGCAGUCGGCAUGAAUUUUCUGACGGUGCUCUGCCUUGCGGCCGUCGCGGCCAGCUGCUCCGGCCAGGUGCCUACCUUGCCCGGCAUCUUCGGCGCCUUCCCCGGUCUCUACCACGGCCUGUUCACCAAACACCCGAGCCUCCUUCGGUACGGCCACGCGCGCUCCUCACCGGGCAUCUGGCAGACGUUCAUACAGUCUGCGCCGCAAGGGACUGUCGCCCACCAUGGCGCCGUCGCUACGCCCGUCACUCUGCAAAGCCAUGUGCCGACUCAGGUCACACUCAAGCAUGUGUCGUCCUUACCUGUAUACUUCAACUCGCUGGCAAACAACCAAGUCUUGCUUCAGUCACCAGCCCAAACACCCGUUACGCUGAAGGUGGCUGUUCCCACGUCUGCCGGCGCUGCGGGCUUCGGACCCAUCGUGCUCAAAGCUACGUCUGACAGUCUCAAGAUCGGAGAUCCCAAGGUUGUCCAAAACCUGGCCCCUACACCUGUCAGUAUUGCACCUAUCGCACCUGUCAUUUACAAGGCAGAAACACCUGAUGAAGAUAAGGACGAAGAUACACAAACUGUCAGCUUCAGGACUUCCGUUCCUGCAACUUUCCAGGCUGUGGCUCCAGCGCCCGUCACUUACAGUGUAGCAGCGCCCACACCUGUCAAUAUCGAGGGUGCCGUCCCUGCCCCUGUUGUUCAAGCCGUACCUUCGGUUCAUGCCCCUCUCACUGUAGCAGCUGCUGCGCCUGCUCAAGUCACUUAUGCAGCUGCUGCACCUGCUCCUCUUACUGUAGCAGCUGCUGCCCCUGCCCAAGUCACUUAUGCAGCUGCUGCACCUGCUCCUAUUACUGUAGCAGCUGCUGCCCCUGCCCAAGUCACUUAUGCGGCUGCUGCACCUGCUCCUAUUACUGUAGCAGCUGCUGCCCCUGCCCAAGUCACUUAUGCAGCUGCUGCACCAGCCCAUGUUAGGAUUGCAGCUGCAGAGCCAGCUCCUCUCCCUGUAGCAGCCGCUGCACCUGUCACCCUGAAUGCAGCGCCUGCAGUCGCAGUCCCUGGAGUGCAGUCCCAGUACCACGCCCAAGACGAGCUCGGUCAGUACUCCUUCGGCUAUUACAACAGCCAGUCCUCUCGCGCCGAGACCCGUGACGCGGCCGGGACCGUGCGAGGCGCCUUCAGCUACGUGGACCCAAAUGGCCAGGUUCAGACCCAACACUAUGUGGCCGACUCGAACGGCUUCCGCGUGGCCGGCACAAACCUCCCCGUGGGCCCCGGCACCCCCGUGGUCGGAAGGCACCCGCACCUCAGCCCAGGGACACCCCUCGUCUAUAGCACCCUUCCAUACACUGCCGGUACAACCGCCGCGGGCAGCACACUGCACGUGAGUCCCGGUUCCCCCCUGGUCUAUAGCAACCUCCCCGUGGCUUUUGGCUCUCCUGUCGUCGCGGUUCAGGAUACCGGCGAUGCUGACGACGCUGACGACGAGGAGUAGCCGGAGGUCGGGAUCUGGACUAGAGAGUGCAAUCGUAGGGUUAGGUACUAAUAUGUGAUACGACUUGGGGACUUACCGUGCACUCAGUAAUCGCUGGCUUUAUGUAGUGUGGUCCGUCUGGAUGAUUUAGACAAACCCAAAGUGUGCUAUUUUUGCUGUGAUUUUCGACGAAUAAAUAAUACUUUCUGG